AUGCCGUAUAAAUGUCAAAUUUGGUGUGCUCAUCCUUGUCAUGAUGAAGUGCUACCAAAUGGGAAAAAGCGUUUUUGGAAAACCGGUUUGAAACCAUCACAUCUGAAAGGAAAAAGAUCAAUCAACGAGGAAUUGGCUGAUUUUAUCAACAACCAUAAUGAAGCAGUUUUAAAUGGAUCUUCUAAACGGCUUUCAAAAGGUGAUUAUUUCUGCUCAUGGUGUUUUACAAAAGAAGCGAAUCCUUCAAUGAUUGAUGAAGAAAAACACAUGGAUUUUGAUCAUAGCCAAGAAAGUCCCAACUACAACAGCCCUGAGAGUGGUUCAAAUAAUCAACAAGAUUCUCCGAUGGAUGAUGAUUAUAUACGUGCCGAAGAAGAAGAUACAAAAAUGAAGAAUCAAAUUUCAAAUGCUGUAGACGAGGCGUACUUUGAACUGCGGGAGUGGAGCAAUACACUUUUACCAUCUUCUCAUCGUAAUGAAGAACCUGAAAUGUUGUCUUCACUCAAUCUUUCAAUUGAUGAUGCUGCUUGGAUUCUGUAUCGUUUACGGGAACUUUAUACCAUUAGUAACAACGAAGAAAAACAAAGAAUUAUGACUAUGUUGCCACCUAUUUGGGGUCGAGAUCGAAUUGCUAAUUGGUUGGAUGGUUCUGAACAUCAUGCUCGUCAAUCAAUACAACUACGUUCAACUACAGGAGUUUUGUCAAAUUCUGAAGAUCGACGGGGAAAUAAACCACUCGAUAGUCAAAUCGAGUUAGCAGUUUACAACUUCUACACCAGUGAUGAAAUUAGUAGAGAAACAUCUUAUAAGAAACAAGGCAUCCAUUCAUCACCACUUAGAACUCCAAUUCCUAUACGUUUUCUUCAUCUGACCAUUGGAAAAACAUUUGAACAAUUUAAGAUGAAGUAUCCAAACAUGGAACUAAGUCGAUCAAAAUUCUUUUCAUUAAGACCUCAAUGGGUGAGAGAAGGAACACCUCAAGAAUCUUGUUUAUGCAUCCACCAUGAAAAUGCUGAUCUACUGCUUCACAAUCUACUACUACAACUAAACGUACAUUUAAGAUUCAUGCGCUUGAUCUAUAAUCCAGAGACCCUGUUGAACAACGAUGUGUUCAUCGGUGCACAGCAAUUCAUAGACAAUCAAAAUAACCAAUGUGAAGAAUGUCUUAUUUUUCUCCAUAGAUUAUUUAUUUUCAUGCGAUAAACAUCCAAAUAAUUUAACUAAUCUUUAGUGUGACCCAUCAUAGAAAUAACAUUAUCCACUAAUAGAUCAUGAACACUUACUAAUAGAUGUUUUCAACAACUAUUGCCUUUGCAAUGAAAGGUGGAAAUAAAACUGAUUAAUGAAUAUUGUAGAGCAAAUUAUGCUCUAUCAAAUUAAUUACAUUCUUACUUUGGUUCAUUUCCUUUUCUAAUUGAUUCUAAAUCUUUUUUCGUCAACUCUCUUUCCCUUGUGUAUUACAUAUAAUCAGACAAACAUCAUAAAAAUAUGUGAAAAUUUGUGCAUUUUCCGGGGAUUCUGGCACAAUUUUUUAUGCCCAAUCAGCAUAUUUAAGUAGCGUUUGAAUUUCCAUAAAUAGUAUUGCGCUAUCACUUUUGUUGCGAGAAAAAAGUAUCGUUUUUUAUGCAUAAUAUUCAAAAGGAGAUAAUAGUGAUUGAUAUUAUUUGGCUCAUAUCGUUAUGAAAAUAAAAUCGAACAUUAAA